AUGUCGCAGUACUACGAGCACUACAGAAAGUCCAGCAUUGGACUCGCCCUCAUCGACUCCCUGGACGAAUUGAUCCAGUCGGGACACAUCAACCCCCAGCUCGCCAUGCGUGUCCUCGCCCAGUUCGAUAUGAGUAUUGCAGACGCACUGAGCAGCCGUGUGCGUAACCGUGCCAACUUCAGGGCCCACUUGGACAACUAUCGGUCGCUGGACGAUGUGUGGACUUUCGUGUUGUCGAACCCAACCUUUCGCUUCGAACAUGACUCUGUGACGGCCGACAAGGUCAAGAUUGUUGCUUGCAAGGCUAGGGUUCCUGGAGAAGCGUAA